AUGUCUGGGCACGACCCGAAGAGUGGACCUGCGACUUUGUCAGAUCUCUCAACACCCACAACAUGUUAUUCUAUGGAUGUCAACGCUCUUAACUACUGCAGGUUCUCUCUCCUUGUCCUAGCAGGGGCGAGCACCCAGGAAGGUCUACUCGCCAUUCCGAACCUCGUGGAAUCAGCUCUUGCAGAUAUCUGGUCACUUCCAUCGUGUCAAAGGCCCCACGCUGCUAUAGGUGAUCCACUAGACACCUCCGCAACAGCCUUUUCGGAUGGCAGGUCAGGCAGCAUUACAUCUGUUGCUCUCAGCUUUUGGCUUUGCCCGCGGAUGAUCCAUAUGAUCGAUCGGUGA